AUGCUCAGGAGAUUGUUGCGGGCGAUGGUGGUGCUGAUAGACCGGUGUUAUAUUACAAUACAAAUCAUAAUUCCUGUUUCACAAGUCCUGCUGUGCGUUUUAAGGAGCGCUUGGGCGGUCCGGCCCCAGUGUUAGUACAGCGCAGGCAGAGCGGCACGGGCGGCGGGAGCAUCGCCGGCCCGGGCUCCCUGGGCAUCGGGGCACCCACAGCCUCCCCGUGUCCCAGACUGGAGGAUAUUUGCCGGGUUUUUGCGGGCAGGACCACGUCAGAGCUGGAGGAACAUGGAUUUAGCCUCCGAGCGGCUGAAUGGCACAGGUCCCAGCAGAAGACGCAAAGCCUCCGUGGCGCUGGAGUCCUUCAAGCGGAUCGGCAUCCCCGUCCUGGCAGCGGCGCUCAGCCUCACCUGCCUGGCUACGGUCGGGUUCCUGGUUAAGGUUUACCUGGACUACUACUACUUCUUCUGCAAACAGCCCCUGAAGCUGGUGCCGCUGCAGCAGGUAUGUGACGGGCAGGUGGACUGUCUGCAGGGCGAGGAUGAGGCCAACUGUCCCCAGUGGGUCCCUGAGGGGCCACCAGCUGGUGCCCGUGUUUCCAAAGACAGAUCCAUCCUGCAGGUGCUUAACAGAAACACCGGAGCCUGGUCCUGCGUCUGCCACGACCACUUCGACCUGGUGCUGGCAAAAGCAGCCUGCGAGCAAAUGGGCUACAGGAGCACCCCCGCUUUCCGGGCGGCGGAGGUGGGCGCAGGGCAGCUCCUGCCUCCCCGCGAGGUCGUGCUGAGCAACGGCAGCCUCCAGAUGCCCGAGCCGGGCAGGAAAUGUCUCUCUGGAUCGGUUGUUUCGCUCUUUUGUUCCAACUGCGGGGAGAGCACGAGGACUCCGCGCGUGCUGGGCGGGAGCCCGGCCACCAUCAAGGCUUGGCCGUGGCAGGUCAGCUUGCAGUACAAGAAGGAGCACAUCUGCGGCGGCAGCAUCAUCGACCCCAGCUGGGUCCUGACGGCAGCGCACUGCUUCAAGAACAACCCCAUCGUUGAGAGCUGGCACGUGAAGGCUGGCUCCGACCUCCUCUCGGGCACGGCCACCCUCGCUGUGGAGAAGGUCUUCCUGGCUCAGGUGACGCCCGCGUCUCCCAAGGACAAUGACAUCGCCCUGGUGAAGCUGCGGUCUCCCCUACAUGUCUCAGAGAGCAGCAAGCCCAUCUGCCUGCCCUAUUUCGAUGAGGAGCUGGUGCCAGGCACAUCCCUGUGGGUGACAGGCUGGGGCUACACGCAGGAGCACGGCAAACUGUCGGAGACCCUGCAACAGGCGGAGGUGAAACUCAUAGACAGGGAGAGCUGCAACCGGGCCGCCUACCACGGGGAGGUCACCGAGAAGAUGCUGUGUGCCGGCCUGCCCCAAGGCGGGGUGGACACCUGCCAGGGGGACAGCGGCGGGCCCCUGCUGUACUCGGGCGGGCACUGGCAGGUGGUGGGCAUCGUCAGCUGGGGCCAGGGCUGCGGGACCCCCAGCACGCCCGGCGUCUACACCAGCGUCCGCGCCUACCUCAACUGGAUCUACGCCAUCCGGAGGUCGGAGCUCUGA